AUGUGUCGAUUUUGGGCUGGAUUGGUAUGGCAGCUGCCUUCGCUAGACUCCUAUGAGUAUUACUGGCGGCUUGAUACGGAUUCGUUUCUUACUCAAGCUGUUCCUUGUGAUGUAUUUCGGCUGAUGCAGGUAAAUCAGUGUGUCUAUGGAUAUCGGAGUAUACGCUUGGAUGAUGCUGAAGUUGUGAAGGAUCUCUGGCCUACGUUUAAGAAAUGGGCCAAAACAGCCCUCUCUACUAGUGAGCUUGAGAGCGUGUCACGCUUUGCUCUUCAAGACAAAAGAAAAUACAGAGGCAUUAUGUACUACAACAAUUUUGAAUUGGGCACGAUGGCGUUAAAACGACACCCGUUGUACACAUCGAUGUUUCAUUUUUUGGAUGAGAAU